AUGCAACCAUUGAUGUUCCAGGAGACGACAAAAACAUUUGAAGAGGCAUUACAUGAGAUUUUGGUACUUCAGUGUCAGUUAAUUCUAAUGGCUAAUCCGAGCAAGGGUCAUUUCCGACCACUGCUACCUAUACCCAGUUGGCGAGCUAUCUGUAUACUGCCGCAUUUGAACCAUCAAGUCAUACAAAUAGCUUCAAUGUCAGUAAACACCAACGUCGAUAGUGACACCGAUCUCGAUGUGUUUUCCGGUAUUAUAUGGCAGAUAGGCGUUGAGCAGGUUGAUUAUAAGGCUGGAGCAUCUGAUACCAUCAAGGCCUCGUUGAACAAGAUAGAUUGUGCAUGGCUUUCACUUAUUUCACUUAUGUUGCAGAGGGCUGGUUCAAUAUGGUGUGUGUCGACUUUGAUUACAUGCACUGGUUGGUUUCGGUUGGUGUGGAUGACAACAUUUAUAGAAUGUAAAAGGCAAUCUCUUGAAACCCAGGUAUGUGUUACUGGUGCACAUGCUCCGAUCUGGUGGAUGUCAUGCAUGAGAUAUGUUGACGGCAUCAGUCCAGUGGAGGAACUGGAUUCACCGUGCUCCAGAUCAGCGGUGAUGGUGAAAUCACGUGUUCAGUCUGAUCGGCAGCACUCUAUAGCACCAGCACAUGGUACCGAUGAGCCGGAGGGCGGGUUCUGUACAAUGGACACAUCCAACAUAAUGCAGUAA